GACGCCACUAAAUUAAAGUUUCGAUUUCACCCUCCCCUCGCAGUCUUUCAAUAUUACGAUUGUUUUAUUUGUUUUGUCUUAUGUUUGUGUGGCAUUAGUCUCAGUAGUCAAGUUUCAGCUGCUCGAACCUGUCUUAAUAAAAUCUAUGGGUACUGACUCCGCCAUCCCUGAUGAAUUUCGGAGUAGCCUACGCCUGUCAAAAUGUGUCAAAAUGAAAAGGGAUUUCCAGCACGCGCGCGUGCGUAUUACUUACUAAACUAACUGUUUGUAUUUUUACAAAUGCUCAUAUUGUACUGAAAUCCUGUUAGAAUACGCAGUCCCCUCGUAUUCUAACAUAACUACAAUUCCCAUAACGUACCUUUUUGUUUCCUUGGAAACAUGUCGUGUUGUCUCUCGUACAGGUAACUAGCUAAAUCGACUUUGGGCUUUCCAAAUAACGUAAGAAAAGUAGCGUGUUUCCAUUACUUGCUUAACACUGUGGGUAAGUGUAUGAUAUUUGUGAUAGAUCCGUAAUUAAUUAAGAUAGGUCAGUAACUAAAAAUUUGGUCGAAAUGGUUGAUUUGUUAAAGCUUGGCUUGUCUGUGUAUUGCGUAUACAAUGUUAUGAUGAAGCCUUUGAGAAUUAGUAUCUCUGUCAGUUCACUCACCUGUAAUUUGUCAUAACGUCACUAUCCUCCCAACAGGUGAGUGAACCUUUUACAGGUAUGACUAUGUAUGGAGCUCCUGUGGAUUUAUCUUUUAAACACAUCAGCAGUUUGGCAGAUGCAUGGACAGAGGAACCCACCAGUGGCCUACGGCCUCUAAAGAGAAAUUCAGAGAUGAAGUACCAAAGCCACUCACUGCGUCUCAAUAAUAACAAUAUCACUGACCUUCAUGACCUCCAGAAGACUGUUAGCGACUUCCUGGCUGAGCCAUUACAGCUUGCCUGGCUGGACCUUUCAUUCAACCAAAUCACACAUAUAGAACAUGUUUUGUGUGAGCUGCGUGAGCUGCGUGUGUUGUAUCUUCACGGUAACAGCAUUUUUAUUCUGUCAGAGGUGGACAGACUGGGAGUGCUGCCACAUCUACACACCAUCACUCUACAUGGAAAUGUCAUUGAAGCCAACAAAGCUUACAGGAAUCGUGUGAUUAAUGCUUUGCCUCGGUUAAAGACAAUGGACUUCAGUGCUGUAACACGGCAGGAGCAAGUCAUGGCAAAGAUCUGGCAUCACAGCAACAACCACAGCAGACGCAAGGAAACUCUCCAGUGACUGCUCACUCAUCUCCAUUGUGGUGUGUUAAAAUCAUAGUUUCACUCAAAUGACCUGUGCUCCACAUCCACUGCUGAAAAACUUGUAUAAUAUUGAAUAUGCUGUAUGUUUGCCUGUAUAUAUCUGGUCAUAUCUGCAUUGUUAUUGUUUUUUUUUUUUAUCUACUGAUAUGAACAAUUUAUUAUUAGAUAGUCCAAACAGGAGUCAGGGCUACAGCAAUCCAAAACAGUCUGAUAGUGAACAGUGAGUGAUCCUGAGAUAUCGGCUCUCACAUACUAUAGAUUCAUGUCAAUUCUUCAAUAUUGUUGCAAACAUAGGUGUGGAUUGUGGAAUAUUUUACAUUUAACCUUGGCAGAUGCUUUUAUCCAAAGCAACUUACAAGUGAGGAACAUCACUAAAGCUAUGCUAAUAU